UAAAGAAUUUUCAUUAGACAUGCCCAAAAAACUUUAAUACAUAAUCAACUUAUACUAGAUCUACUCAUAAUUAUAUUUGCUUCUUUUACCUCUAAUUACUGGUCAUGAAGGGUAUCAUUACGGAUGAUGAAGGAUUAUAUUAAAUGAAAAAAAAAUAAUUUACAGAUAUGUAUGACCAAAAAAUAUAUCUGAUUUUUAAUCUUACUGCAUUCUAAGAGUUCAGAAACACACAAUACUUAACCAGCUACUAUACUGUCUGUUACUAUACCGUAUGCCAUUCGUAAUGAUAUAAGACAGCAUCAGUAGGAUAUUUUUACAAACCUGUGCUUGCGUGUUCUUGUAGAAAGCAAAAGUAAAGAACAUUGAAAUAUUUGUACAACUGAAAACUAAAUUACAAUAAUUUAAUAAUUACCGCCUAUUUCCGUGAUGAUACAAGAAUAUAACUUUUCUCUCCACGAAGACACGAUAUUUGUCCUCUUUAUUUUAAGAAUUAUAUCAAACUAUGUAGCUUUCCUGUGUACGCACUCGCGUGCGUAUGAACAAUUUAUAAAUUGCAAAUUCCGACCCGCAAUUCUAACGCUCACGCAACGAGGAAAUAUGAGUGGCAAAAUUGCGAUUGAAACGCUAGAGGAAAUAAUUGUGUACAGUUAGAGAAGGGGAAUGACACUUCUUAGGGACUAUAGACGUUUAGUAGGGCUUUGGCUGUCAUUCGAGAUGGUGUUUCCCGAAGAGCGAUACUAUAGACUCAAUCGCAUUCUUCUAUCAGUGACAGGUCUUUGGCCGUAUGAUGAUAACAAAGUUAGACAAGUGCGAUUCAUACUUCUUCUGCUAAUAAUAAUGCUGAUUACAAGUCCUCAGUUGCUGAAAUUAUUCAUUUCGGAAUACAAGCUCGAUACAUUUCUGAAAGUGUUAUCUCUGGAUAUGAUUAUGAUAAUAAUAACCAUAAAAUAUAUCACGUUUUAUGCUAUUGUAGAUAAUGUAAAAAUAUUUCGGCAGUAUAUUUCGGAAAGUUGGAGCAAUUUAACUGACGAACGAGAGAUCCAAAUAAUAUAUAAGCAAGGGAAGGCUGGAAAAAUAUCUACAAUAGUUUUAGCAACGUUGGUUUAUUUCAUGCUUCUUUUCUGCAUUUUUACGCAAUAUGUCCCCAAUUUAUUUGAUAUUAUAAAGCCAUUGAACGUAUCUCGUCCGUGUCGAUAUUUCAUUCUAGCCGAAUAUUUUAUUGAUCAGCAAAAAUACUUUCAUAUUAUAGCAAUGAACAUAAACAUUGGAUUGUUUACUUUAGGAACCAUUCUAUUAGCAACCGAAACAUUUGCAUUAGCGAAUGCAUUAUACGCUUUCGGUCUGUUUAAAAUAGCUAGUUACCGUAUGAAAUAUAUAUUAAAUGGAAAUCAUCUACAGAUAUCGGCCACCAAGAAAUAUGUAGCAUCUCGCGACAAAAUAAUCGCUGCAGUAGACAUGCAUAGACGGGCAAUUCAAUAUUCUGAAUUGUUAAAAAACAGUUUUGGACCUACAUACUUGAUCUUAUUUAUGGGAGUAAUAUUUUCGACAAGUAUCAAUAUGUUUUACUUAUUUCGAAUAAUAACGACAAAACAAAACAUGCUAGAAAUUAUUGAACAUAGUUUGUUAAUAGUUUUGCACAUCAUAUCUUUGAUCGCAGCAAAUUAUGCCGGACAACAAUUUAUUAAUUGCGACUCGCACGUACAUCGAACGAUAUGUAACACGCAAUGGUAUAAUGCCCCCUUAAAAACACAAAAACUGAUACUUUUCUUGAUACAAAAAACUACAAAAUGUUACAAAGUUGACGCCGGUGGCAUGUUUAGUCCGAGCUUAGAAGGUUUAGCCACGGGUUUAAGUAUGUCUGCUUCUUAUUUUAUGGUAUUUUGUUCUAUGUAAGUAUGAGUCACACACAAUAUACCGUUGUUGCUCCCUGGCCUUGGAGAUAUUUAAUAUACUAUUGCUAACAAAUACUAUAAUGAAUAAUAAUGAUGGACAUUAGAAAUAUUGAAAUGUAACCGAAGUACAAAUAAAUAAAUCUGUUUCA